CAUAUUUUUUUCGCGAAAGAUCCGUGUUGUAGUGACGAAAGGGGGUGGCGUGGGAUGUGAACUAAUUUGAAGUGGUAGAUGACAAGGACACUGAAUUUGAGUGCGUCUGGAAAAAAAUACGCAUUAACAGUGUAUGUUGGUUGUAACGCGUACAUAGUGAGAUGUGUGGCGCAUAGUGGCGAGGCGCGUUGUUUAUCAUUACGGGUCUAUAUAAGCGUCUGAGCGGACCGGCGUGCUCAUACAUUAACGGAAUACACCACGCUAGUAGUACACAAGCGAUUUCUUCACACUAUUUAAAAAUGAAACUGCUGAAAAUGAUUGUGUUUGCAUUCUUCGCACUCCUGGUGGUCGCAGUGAGGUCCAAUCCCCUACCUUUUGAAACUGUGCAUGAGUUGGAAGACCCGUGUGUGCGACAAGGUGGUCUCUGCGUUAUGAAGUCUGACUGCCCACCAGAAAAUAUCGUGUUUCUUUCUGGCACACUCUGUCCAAAACAACAACACUUAGGCGUCACGUGCUGCUACUUGUGAGCCGAACAUGGCAGCUGGCUCCUUCCUGGUACUUACCUAUACUUAAUUGUUAAGGAUUUAAUAUUUAAUUAGCUGUAUGGUAUUUUAAGCUCCUGUAAGAUUUACGUAAUUUCUUAGUGGGCCGCGCCGUGUCAGAAAUUCAUAUACAUAUUUAGUCUUUAUCAUAACUAUCAAUUAAGAAUCAGCUUAAUGUGUGUCCGCCUGUCCGUCCGUUCGUCACACAAUCAUAAAUAUCUAGAAAAAUAAAAAACAUAGACUAUGGAAGAAUUUGGUACCUGAAAUACUUAAAAUGUAGCUUUGCAUUCAUACCUACGAAACGUUGAUUAGACUAACUGCUUAUAUAAAAGUAAUAGAGAACAAAAUAGUUGAUUAUACAUAUUCAGCUAUUGUUAUUAUCAUUUCGAUUUAUUUGAAACUUCGAGUUUACCCAUAAUGUGAAUUGAAUUCCCUACUCAUUAACUACCUACUGAAUAAGGCACGAGCACCCAAACCAAUAAACUUUACAUUUACUAUUAUUUAAUGUUAAACAAAGAAAUUGUGUUAAGCUGUAAUUUAGGUAUUAAUGUGUCAAAUUGACUUAUUUACUUAAAUAAAUGUAAGUUCAAUUGUU